AUGUCCUUGCCACUCUAUGAUUACUCCGUACUCCCUUAUGAGUCCGAAAGUGUCUGCCAGUGGGCUCCCAAAUCCAUCGAUUUCCGGUUGACCGCGCUCAAAUUAACCCCGAACAAUUCCACAUCAUCUUAUGAGCUCGAGGCAACCAUCCCCGAGAAGGAACAGGUGUCGACUCUCAGCAAGCCCCAGCCUUUCGGGUGCUGCUUUGCACCCCCAGCCUUUCGGGUGCUGCUUUGUACCCCUCGCCAGGGUGGAGAUGCUGCCACGCCCGUCUGGGACCGCGAAUGGGCUGGCAUUAAUUGCAUGUACGGCCCUCAGUAUAAGCAUCAGAUCGCAGAAGACUAUAACACGUCGACCUAG